UCCGCACUGGAUUCUUCCCACUUUACUUAUUCUGAUAAAAUUCUGCAAUCUCUCUUCCAGUAUCCAAUUAGUUCGAGCGUAAAAAAGUAGAAACAACCAAGCCUUAUUUGAGAAGCGCUCUCUCUCUCUCACAGGUGUGCAGAUUCUCUCUCCACUAGCUGAUUCUUCUCUUAUCAUCAUCUAAAGAUGAAAAGAAUAGAUAUCUUCUGUGCUUCUCAAGCUUCAACAGCCAUAUGCAUGAGCAUGGAUCAGCCCUCUUCUUCCUCUUCCUCUUCAUUGUCUUCCUUGCCGCCCACCACGCCACUCGGCGGCCGAGCCAUUGACCGCCACAAUCCCAUAAUCAGAGACCAAAGAAGAAACCCCAGAUCUCUCUCACUAGCUCCCUGUACUUCUCAACAACCGCCCAUCAAUCCCCAACCUUACCAUCUUCUCCACAACACCAAAAAAAACCCUGCAGCAGCAGCAGCUACCAACAAGAUAAAUAAUGAUCAAACCAAGAGAAAAAGCUCUAGAAAGCCAAACGAGCGAAAAGACAAGAGGAACUCUGCUAAGGCGGCUGGUGAUAAUAAUGGUGAGAUGCAUUCGUCUGCUUCUUCUUCUUCUGCUAUUAGUGUGGUUAAAGAAGAUUUUGUUAACAAGAGCUGGGCUAAGCGUGAGGAUUUUAUAACCCCUCCUGGAUCUUCAAGAUAUCUUUUGAGCGAGAAGGAUUUUGUUGAUGGGUUAUCAGAUUAUGAUCCAGUCUUGGCAUUGGUUCCUGCUGAACCCCAUAAUAAUUCGAAGCCACAAGAAUCAGAAUCAAAUUCUUCAAAAGCUCAUUCAACUUCCAACUCAGAGAGGCCAUCAAACCAGGUUGUAGUAUUGAGAGUGUCACUGCACUGCAGAGGCUGCGAAGGAAAAGUGAGGAAACAUCUCUCUAGAAUGGAAGGGGUGAGAUCGUACAGCAUAGAUUUUGCAGCAAAGAAGGUGACAAUUGUAGGAGACGUGACGCCAUUAGGCGUGUUGGCUAGUGUUUCCAAAGUGAAGAGCGCUCAAUUUUGGACAUCUGCUCCACUUUCUAAUAAUUCACUUCUCAAUAAGUAAACCUUUUUUUUUUCUUCUAAUUAUUAUGCCAGAAUAAUUAAAUUUUAGUUUUAUGCUUAAUUUAGUGUAUUUCCAA